GAGUGUCGGAAAGAUGGACUCGACGAAAUUAGGCGGGCCGGCGCCGAGCAGUCCGCGGGCUCACUCGCCGGUCUUGCCGAGCUACGCCGCGCCCGGCGAAGGUAACAUCGACUACAUCAUCGGCGACUACAUGGAGAGACUCGGCACUCGGCUGAACAUUCUCGAGACCGAGCUGAAGUACGCGUGGCGGGCGUUGGAUCUCCUCAGUCAGGAGUACAUCAAGAUGUGGGAGCGGCUGGAGAAGCUGGAGGGCCUACUGUACGAGCAGCAGACGGUGAUCAGCCAGCUGAUCGAGUUCUACACCAGCGGCGGCACGCACGAAAACGUGAACAUCGUGGAGGAGACGUUGGCGAACCAGCAGGGCUCGGUCGGCGAGUUGGACGCGAUCGCGAAGAGCUUGGGCGCGGCGAUCGGCAUCGAGGAGACCACCGUGCUGCGGGAGAAGCUCGCGCAGCAGGAGCUCGCGAGAAUACACGGGCUCACGCAGGACAGCACGACGGCCGCGGCCGUGGUCACCGACAUGCACAGGAACGUGAGGAAUCUCGACAGCCUGGAGACCCUCGAGGAAGAGGAGGGCAACAUACCCGACGAGGCCUUCUACAGGAGCCUGAACAACGCUUACAGGGAGGACCUGAUUUGCGGCGACACGUCGAGACCGACGUCGCAGUUGGGUAUGAUCUGGGAGGAAGCCGAGGACGAGGAUGUGAACGGCAAGAAGGAAGCGGACGCCGGCGGCAUCUUCGACAAGACCAUGCCGAAGGAGAAGGAGCUCGAGGAGCUGUCCGCCCAGCCGCCGCCGACGAAGGAGGAGGCGCAAACGUCCGCGAUGAAGAAGGAGGACGAGGCGGACGAGGACGAGGGCGAGGUGUUCAGCGCGGCCGAUUACAAGAGCUAUCGGGGCAACACGCCUUGCGUCAGCGAGCAAGACCUCGCCCAGCUCUCCAGGCUCAGCUCCCUCGAUCAGGUGGCGCUGGAGAAACUGCACGAGAUCGACCGGCUGAGCAGCAAGCUGCAGAAGGACUCGCAGAAUCUCAUAGAGCUGCAGUCGCGGCUGAUCGACUCGCCGAAGCGGCAGUACUCGACCGAGGCGGAGGCGAAACUGGCGGAGGAGGCGAGCAGCAUAGACGAGCAAUUGAGGAAGAUCUACGCGGAGACCGACGUGGACAGCUGGACCUUCUCAAAGAGUCCCGGCUCCACCGGCAGAUCGAUCUCCAGAGUGAGCACGGACAGCGGAUUGGCCACCGACGGCGACUUCACAACGAGAUCGAUAUCACCAAGACUGACCUCUACGUCCAGGAGCAACUUAGACUCCAUUUCGACUACCUAUACCCCGCCUAGAUUAGGUUACACGUCGGCCAUACUGGAGAAGAGCCCGGAGCCGGUGAUCCAGCUGCCGAUCGACGUCGGUAACUUCGCCAAGGGAUACGCGGAGAACAAGGAGCUGACGGAUCUGAUGGCGGAGAGCUUCGCCGCGGCCGUCACCUGCGCUUCCCCCACCAUCUACAGCACCACCGGCGAAAAGGUGCCGUCGCCGACGCUGUCGGCAGGCAGCGUCCAGAGCGUGCACAGCGUGCAAGGGCUGCGCACCAGGCAGGACGGCUACUUCGGCAGCGCGGCGCGGCUGAACCUCGAGUUCCAGGAGAGCCGAACACCCCCCAGCCCGUCUCCCAGCUCGCCUCCGCCGCCGGCGCCGCGAGACACCGCCGAGUCCUUCCUCAUGCCCGGCGCGGAGCAGCGAGACCCGGAGACCAAGAGGUCGCAGAGCCCGAGCUUCCUCGCCGAGAAACUCGUCUCCAUGGAGCAGGGUCGCCUGAGUCCGCGCACUCCCCACUCACCCAAGUCGCCGAGGGUCUCUCCGAAGCACACGGUCAAGACCGCCGCCAACAUAGUCGCGGCCAAGUCCGACUCCGGCCUGUCCUCCAUGAGCGGCUGGAGCAGCCUGGACAAGUCGCCGAGCUCGCCGAAGACCUCGAUCGCCAAGAUGCUGACCUCCUACUCGGUGGAUCGUGCGAUACCCAGCACGCAACCCGCCAAGACCCCGCCGGCCGCUAUCACGCAGGAGCCGCUCUACGACACUCCCGAGGGUAGGGACGCCAUCGCCACCACGAACCACCUGUCGGCGUACACGGCCGCCGGCGAGUCACCGGUCAAGGAGGAGUACAACUUGGUGCCUCCGCCGGCGCCGCCGGGCGUCGCCACCACUUGCCAGAGUCCCAAGAAGCGCGGCCGUCAGCAGAGCCUCCAGCACACCUACGACUCCGUGCCAUCCGCUACGGAUUACGUCUACAGGUCGGAGCAGCCGGCCAUUUACUCCGUGGCCGGUAGUAAUCGGCAGCAGGUGAUCACGAGCGUCUACACCAGCGGCGCCGGCUCCUACGGGCCCAAGACCACCACCUCGGCUUACUACUCCGACUCGAUGGAGCAGUACACCGGUUACCCGGACGGUUACGCCCUUCAGUACACCGAGACGACGAGCGCGAAGAAGCGCGGCAGCUCGUUCACGGACGGCAUGGCGAAUCACGAGGGUUACAAGGCGGCGAUGUACCGGCAGAUGUUCCCCACCGGGAACAUCACCGACGCGCUCUCGUAUUACCCGACCAGCGCGAACCUGCCGCGAACGGAGACGAACGACAGCUCGUGGCUGAACUCGAUGGAGGAGCAGAUACCGCACGACUCGACGUCCUCCAGCAUCCGCUCGCUCACCUCGGACGGCAGCUACGCUCAGAGCCCGUACACGGAUCGCAGGUAUCCCCAGCCGCCGGCCUAUCAAGCGCACUCCUAUCAACCGCACCACACCUACGCGAAUCAGAAUUAUCCGCAAGCCUACCAGCAGCAGUACCAGCCGUACACCCAACGGCUCAGCAGCACCGAGAGCGCUCAGCUCGCGGACGGUUACCAGAGGCAAUGGCAACGGGAGCAUCAGUACAUUCAGGAUCACGAGGGCGGCAGGAUGGAGCAGCAACAGACGCAGCAGGGCGAAUAUUACGACGCUUCGAGCGUGAUAGUCUCUCAGUCCGGUUACAUCAGCAUCGCCACGAAUCUGAAGGAUCACGAGGUCGACAACACCAAACUGUCGAAGAAGGUCAGGCGAGGUUCCUCCCUGAAGAACGCGAUGAGCUCCAUGAGCAAUUGGCUGCCCGAUCUUCAUCUCAGCAAACGCCACAGAAGUCAGUCGCUACCCGGGGGAGUGAGAAGGGAGGACCUGGAUAUGCCUCAGGACGGCCAGCAGAGGAUACCCGCCGAAAUGGCUAUGGGAAGAGGCCGGGGUAGAGGUCAGACUGCGAGGAAGAAAAAGAAGCACACGUUGGUCUCCACGGUGUCCGGUAUUCUGCAGAAAGCGAAACGUCGCAGUCAUCAGUCGCAAUCGCUCUCCGACCCCGAGCAGUCCGAGACCGAAUGGAGCAGCGGCCGGCAGAGCGGACUCUCCGAGGAUGAGGACAGCGUGAUAUCCGACAUCGCUCAGGAGCCGCCCUUCUUCGCCAAGGUGAAGACCGCGAGCACCAAGAGGAAGCAGCCGCCGCAGCAAAUGAUGGCGCAGCAGCCGCAUCCUCAGCAGAUGCAGGCGCAGCAGCAGGCGGCUCUUCAGCAACACCAAGCGCUUCAGCAGCAUCAGGCGCUCCAGCAACAGAUUCAGCAACAUCAGGCGCUUCAACAGCAGCAGGCGCUACAGCAGCAGCAGGCGCUCCAACAGCAGCAGAUUCUUCAGCAGCAGCAGCAAGCGCUUCAGCAACAGAUCCAACAGCAUCAGGAGCAACUGCAUCAGCAGGCUCUGCAGGACACGUGGACUAAAGAGAAGGAACAGAGGAAAGUCGAGGUUAACGAGCACGACUUGAUGAACGAGCAGAUGGGUAUGGUCGAGGAGGAGACUUCCGGCAAGAGCACCGGCUCAGGAUCCGCCGGGUCGUCCAUCUUCCAGACGGUCGGCGACAUUAAGAGGUCGACGGGUAGCUCGGACGAGGCGCCGAACGAGAAAGCACCGAAACUGCCGCCGGUCACUCUGAUCGGCGGCUCGAGCAUGGAGUUCGCGGUCUCUCGAGCCCUCGGCAAGUACCGUCAACGGCAAUCCUCGACGGUGUCCGACGAGCAGCCGCCGACCGACGAGAGCAACAACGAGAAGAAGAUCGAGGAGGGGCAAGCGCAGACGCUGGAGGCGAGCUUCGAAUAUCCGGAGGACGUGUCGGAGAAGAGCGAGAAGAGCGAGAAGUCCGGCAGCGCGAAAUUACCGGAGCUGGUGACCAGCUUGUCGGAGGAGGCGCCGCCGUCGGAAGGUAGCCCCUCCGCGUCCAGCAUGAGGGGCUACGGACCGGCCGGCGGCCGCUUCCUACCGCGCCACCAGCAGUCCCUGGAGAUCCCGUGGACCGGCUCGCGGCCGGGAGAGCCUGACGAAGACAAUCGCAGCACGCACUCCUACAGGAGCACGUCGAGAGUUUCCUCGCGGCGGCAGAGCACCGAAGACUCGAUCGACUCCGAGGACGAGUGGUACUGCUACGAGCUGAGGAAGCUCGAGGAGCUGGAAAGGCAAUCCGAGAUGGAGAUGACCGAGGUGUUGAUCGAGGAAGCCGAGGAGCACGACGAAGCUUACCAGCCGGACGACGAGGUGAAGGAGAAGAUGUCGUUCGUGCUGAAGGAGCUCAAGCUCAAAGCUAUCACGAAGCCUAAGGAUCAGAUGAUAAGGGAGGAGCGGGAGGAACCUCGAGCCAAGAUGAACGGCACGAUCGCGAAGGAGUACCGGGAGGAGAACGAUAGGUAUCGCGACGAGAAGCCGAUCCCGAAGCGGAAGUCCGCGGAGAGCGUGGAGGCCGUGUUCGCCCGGGUGACCGAUUACCACACCUGGGCGCACGAGAUCGAAGCCAAAAAGGAGAAAGAACGGCCUCCGCCGCCCACGGAGGAAGGUUCCUCCGGCGAGACCUCCGGGCCGGAUAGCCCCGGCCAGUCGAUGGACGAAGAGGAGGAAGAGCUGCCGAAGGAUCUUGAAGAACAGCAAUCAAGACGCAGCUCCAACGGCUCGACCUUACGUCGCGACGGCGAGAAGGUGUUGCAGGGCUCGGAUUCCCUCUCCCGCGAAGGUAGCGUAAGUGUACCACCUAGCGAAGUGUCGGUCAGCAUCCCCGGAGCUUGGGAUUCUGAAAGCACUGUCCUUGAAGGCCUCGAGCGCGACGGAGCCGGUAGCGCCGAGACAGCUACCACGGCGACCUUGAGUCUACCGAAGAUCAAGAUCGACUCCUCGUCCUGCGGAAGCUCGGACACGACAUUGAAGGAGGGCCAGGUGAGUCCUGGCCCGCCCGGGUCCAAGUGGAAGCUGCUCAAGGCCUUGAAGGAACGUAAGGCCGAGGAGAAGCUCAAGGAGGUCGAAGAGGCCUCUAAGGAGAACGCUAUCUCUCAGGGACCCACGGCAAACGGCAACGCAACGGCCGGCGAAUCUGGUGGACGGGCGAACGGACACCCGGGCGACAAUCCUUUCUACAGCAACAUCGACAGCAUGCCGGACAUUCGACCGCGACGGAAGUCGAUACCGUUGGUUUCCGAGCUGGUCUUGAAGACCAUGGCGGCGACGAAGAGGAACGCUGGCCUUACAUCCGCCGUGCCUCGAGCGACGCUGAACGACGAAGAGCUGAAGAUGCACGUGUACAAGAAAACCCUGCAGGCGAUGAUCUACCCGAUAUCCUCGACCACCCCUCACAAUUUCGUCACCUGGACGGCCACGUCGCCUACCUACUGCUACGAGUGCGAGGGUCUGCUCUGGGGCAUCGCUCGGCAGGGGGUGCGAUGUAUGGAGUGCGGUGUCAAGUGUCACGAGAAGUGCAAGGACCUCCUGAACGCCGACUGUUUGCAGAGGGCGGCUGAGAAAAGCUCGAAACACGGCGCCGAGGACAAGGCGAUCAGCAUAAUCACGGCGAUGAAAGAGCGGAUGAAGCAGAGGGAGCGCGAGAAGCCGGAGAUCUUCGAACUAAUCCGCACGACGUUUUCAGUCGACCCGGAUACGCACAUAGACAGCCUCGAGCAGGCCGAACAGAUCGUCCUUGAGGGUACCAGCAAGUGGUCCUGCAAGAUCGCCAUCACAGUGAUCAGCGCCCAGGGACUAAUCGCCAAAGAUAAGAGCGGCACAUCCGAUCCCUACGUGACGGUUCAAGUCGGUAAAGUAAAGAAGCGCACGAGGACCAUGCCGCGAGAGCUGAAUCCAGUGUGGCAUGAGAAGUUCUACUUCGAAUGCCACAAUUCGUCCGAUCGGAUCAAGGUGCGGGUGUGGGAUGAGGACAACGACCUGAAGUCAAAGCUACGGCAGAAGCUGACAAGGGAGAGCGACGACUUCCUCGGGCAGACCAUUAUCGAGGUGCGGACCCUGAGCGGCGAGAUGGACGUCUGGUACAACCUGGAGAAGCGGACGGACAAGAGCGCGGUGUCGGGCGCCAUUCGGCUGCACAUCAGCGUCGAGAUCAAGGGCGAGGAGAAGGUGGCACCCUACCACGUGCAAUACACCUGCCUGCACGAAAACCUUUUCCACAGCCUGUGCGAGGAGAACGGCGGCAUGGUGAUCUUACCGCAAGCGAAGGGCGACGACGCUUGGAAGAUUUACUUUGAUCCACCGGGCGAGGAGCUCGUCGACGAGUUCGCCAUGCGCUACGGCAUCGAAAGCAUCUACCAGGCGAUGACGCACUUCCACUGCCUCUCAACCAAGUACCUGUGCCCAGGCGUUCCGGCCGUGAUGUCGACCCUCCUGGCAAACAUAAACGCGUACUACGCCCACACGACCGCGAGUCCGGCCGUGUCGGCCAGUGAUAGAUUCGCCGCCAGUAACUUCGGGAAAGAGAAAUUCGUGAAAUUGCUGGACCAGCUGCACAACUCCCUGAGGAUCGACCUGUCGAUGUACAGAAACAACUUCCCGGCCUCGAGUCACGAGAAGCUGAUGGACCUGAAGAGCACGGUGGACCUGCUGACCAGCAUCACGUUCUUCCGCAUGAAGGUGCAGGAGCUGUCGAGCCCGCCGCGCGCCAGCACCGUCGUGAAGGACUGCGUGAAGGCCUGCCUGCGCUCGACGUACCAGUUCCUCUUCGAGAACUGCAACGAACUUUAUUACCGGGAGUUCCAGGUCGACCCGAAGGACGCGAAGCCUAAACCGGAAGACUCCGGGCCGCAGUUGGAGUCGGUCGAAUUCUGGAACAAGCUGAUCGCCCUGAUCGCCUCGGUGAUCGAGGAGGACAAGAACAGCUAUGCGCCCGUGUUGAAUCAGUUCCCUCAGGAGCUGAACAUCGGUCAACUGUCGGCGGCCACCAUGUGGUCCCUGUUCGCGGUAGACAUCAAGUACGCCCUGGAGGAGCACGAACAGCACAGGCUGUGCAAGUCCUCCAAUUACAUGAACCUGCACUUCAAGGUCAAGUGGCUGCACGCCAACUACAUUAUAGACGUGCCACCUUACAAGGGCGCUGUGCCGGAAUACCCAGCCUGGUUCGAGCCCUUCGUCAUGCAGUGGCUCAACGAGAACGACGACGUGUCGUUAGAUUAUCUCCACGGUGCCUUUAAUAGAGAUAAAAGGGAUAGCUUCCCAUACAGCUCCGAGCACGUGCUCUUCAGCAACUCCGUCGUCGACGUCUUCACGCAGCUGUCGCAGUGCUUCGACGUGGUGACGAAGCUCGAGUGCCAAGACCCGGAGAUCUGGAAGAGGUACUUGAAGAGGUACGCCAAGACCAUCAGCAAGGUGCUGUUGGCCUACGUGGACAUAGUGAAGAAGGAAUUCCCGGCUUACCUGCAAGACGAACGAUGCUCGUGCGUUAUGAUGAACAACAUCCAGCAACUGCGGGUGCAGCUGGAGAAUUUGUUCAAUGCGAUGGGCGGCGACAAGCUCGAGCCAGACGCGGCGAACAUCCUGAAGGACCAGCAGCAACUGCUGAACAUCGCUCUGGACGAUUUGGCGGUGCUCUUCGCGAACAGCCUGGAGCCGCAGAUAUCCGGCUCCGUCAAGGAGGUGGGAGACGUACUGUCGUCCAUCAAGGGCGGCGGGCAGGUCCCGGCGCAGGCGCAGAGAAACAGCGUGGCUACCGAGGCGGAUGAGGUGUUGCGACCGCUCAUGGUGCUGCUUGACGGUAGCCUGUCCGUGUACGCCGAGACGUGCGAGAAGACGGUGCUGAAGAGGCUGCUCAAGGAACUGUGGAAGAUAGUGAUGAGGCUCCUGGAGAAGACCGUAGUUCUGCCACCUAUGACGGAUAAGAGCAUGAUGUUCAAGAACCUUACGGACAACGCCAAGAACCUCGCCGCGAACGCCAAGAUAGAGGAUAUGUCGAAGCUGUUCAAGAACCACAUGGCUGGUAAACCCGACGUGAAAAACGCCCUCAGCGGAGUCAUGGAUAUCUCCAAGGAGGUGGAGAAGAAUCUUUCGCCGAAGCAGUGCGCGAUCCUCGACGUCGCUCUCGAUACGAUCAAGCAGUACUUCCACGCCGGCGGUAGCGGCCUGAAGAAGACGUUCCUGGAGAAAUCGCCCGAAUUGCAGAGCCUCCGUUACGCGCUGAGCUUGUACACGCAGACGACGGACACCCUCAUCAAGACCUUCGUCACCUCGCAAGUCAAUCAAGUUGCAGAUACCACUGGCUCGGAGGAGGGCGCGGUGGACUCGGUGGGCGAGGUGAGCAUCCAGGUGGAUCUCUUCACGCAUCCGGGAACCGGAGACCAGAAAGUCACCGUCAAAGUCGUGGCUGCGAACGACUUGAAGUGGCAGUUGACCUCGGGCAUGUUUAGACCGUACGUCGAGGUGAACCUGAUCGGUCCGCACCUCACCGGCAAGAAGAGGAAGCAGUCGACGAAGUCGAAGAGCAACAAUUGGUCGCCGCAAUUUAACGAGAGUUUCGACUUCAUGAUCGGUAACGAGCAACAGCAGCUGGACUUCCACGAGCUGCACAUCUGCGUGAAGGACUACUGCUUCGCGAGGGAGGACAGGCUCGUCGGAGUCGCGGUGAUGCAACUCAAGGACAUCGUCGACGAGGGCUCAUGCGCGUGCUGGUUGUCGCUCGGCAAGCGUAUCCAGAUGGACGAGACCGGCUGGACGAUCCUGCGCAUCCUCUCGCAGCGCAACAACGACGAGAUCGCCAAGGAAUUCGUGAAGCUGAAGAGCGACAUCAGGCAGGAGACGCCGCUGCCGAAUCCCACUUGAGAAGAUGCGACUAUGCCGCGUUAAGCCGACGAGCGAAGCGAUUCGAGUACUUCGAGCUUGGAAAGAGCCCGAAGGGGAGCAGGAGGCCGUCCAAAGGGGGUAGCGUUUGACCUUUGGUGCCACGAGAACGAGACCCUUCACGACUAAUUCCGCGAGAGAGAGAGAGAGAGAGAGAGAAUGUGUGAAUGAGAGAAAGAGAGAUAGAGCGAGAAAAAGAGACACGCGAAAGAGAGAGAGAGAGAGAGGUAUGUUAACGCGCAAUCCCACGCAUCGCCUGGCGAAAACGAUCGCCCGAACCCUUCCGCUCGCUGCGACACGCCGGAAGGGACGGUCAUUCUCCGCGGAGAGACAGCGAGAGACUCGAUGAUCCUACGAAACUUAGACCCUCCGGCUUCCUUCGCGCCGCAGAGUUCGGUCGAGCGUAUUCCUCUCCCUUUUUUACACGAGUCACAGAGCUUUAGCCCCGUCCCUGGACAGCGACGAUGCACCGGGAAUCAUCUUCCACAGAUCUCGAGCUAAGACGACGAGCUAUGAGGGUCAAGCCCGCGUGGCACGCGACGUUUGUCCGGUAACUACUACAAUAAGAGAAAAAGGCGGCUUCCGCCGCCCUUUCGCGGAGCUACUUAGAUAGACGAGGAAAGACGGAGCUCGACAGCGACGACGAGCGACGCCCCGCGUAAAACAAGAGAGAUAUAUAUAUCUUCUUCGUGCGAGUGCCGCGAGCGAG